AUGCUACAUAUUGUCGUCGCAAAAAAGAAAGAUCAAAUACGUAUUCGGUACGAGUACCGUACGUAUUACAGUAGGAAGAGCAAAAGGGCCCAGACUGUUCGUGCGAGGCCUCCUUUUGCCGUUCCCUUCCUCCUGCUCGUCCUCGCGACCGCGGCCCCCGCCGGCGCGCUCCGCUUCGACCUGCUCUCGGGCCACACCAAGUGCAUCUCCGACGACAUCAAGGUCGGCGCCAUGGCCGUCGGUAAGUACCACGUCAUGGCCCCCGACGACGGCGCCUCCUCCUCGUCGUCGUCGUCAUCCCAGUUCCAGCAGCAGCAGCUCCCGGACUCCCACCGCAUCUCGCUGCGGGUCACCUCGCCCUACGGCAACAGCCUGCACUACGCGGAGAACGUGCACUCGGGUAACUUCGCCUUCACGGCCUCCGAGGCCGGCGACUACCUCGCCUGCUUCUGGGCGCCCGAUCACCGCCCUCCCGCCACCGUCGCGUUCGAGUUCGACUGGCGCAGCGGCGUCUCCGCCAGGGACUGGAGCGCCGUCGCCAAGAAGGGUCAGGUCGAAAUGAUGGAAUUGGAGCUCAGGAAGCUGGAGGAUAACAUCAGAUCUAUCCAUGAAGAAAUGUUUUACCUUCGUGAAAGGCAUGGAAGUAGAAAUGCAGGAACUGAACAGGAGAACAAACUCAAGGAUGGCUUGGCUUGGUUUCCUCUCGCUCACCAUCUGCCUAUCAGUGGCGGGCUUGCAGUUAUGGCACCUGAAAAACUUCUUUGA